AUGCCCACGGGAGGGUUUGCCUCAGUGUUCUACAGUGAACCAGCAGUCCUGGGGCUGCUGGCCAACGUCUUCAGCGCCUUCUACGUGGCCCUGCAGAAUUUCGCCCACGUGGCCACGGGCUCACCUGCACAGGGGCUAGAGAACACACUGGCAGGUGUCCAUCUGAUCCUCAUCGGGGGCCUGGUGCAGCUGGUGGCCGGGCUGCUGACCUUUCGCAAGUAUGACCACCUGGCUGGCACCACCUUCCUGGCCUUUUCCGCCCUGUGGGGCAGCUACGGUGCCACGAGGCUGGUGCUGGGCUCCUCGAAUGCCACCAGUGCCAGGCUGACAGAGAUGGACGGCGUGAUCGUCACUGUGGCCAAUGCCAGCACCAUAACCAUAAGCAAUGGCACCCUGCCGUCCCCUCCCAUCAGCGAAUCGGCCAUCGCCGGCCUGGUGGCCUACAUCAGCGUGGCCUUCAUUGUCACCUUCUGCUCCGCCACCGCCAACUACGUGAUGCCCGUGGUGUUUGGUGCCAUCACCGUGACGCUGGCCCUGGAGGCCAUCGGUCUGCGUGCCAUGGGGGCGCUGGCCGCGUCGGGCGCCUUCCAGCUGGUGAUCACCCUGGUCGGGCUGUACGGCGCCUCCGCCCUGCUGCUGAAAGGCCUGUACCAGCGCCACAUCCUCCCGGGCUUCGGCAACGCCCUCUUCGACGUCCUGCUGCUGGGCGCCGCCAUCAAGCCCUCGGUGCGCAAGCAGGUACGGAAGGGAGGUGAGGAGGAGGAGAAGAAGAAGAACAGCAAGUACGCCGAGCCCUUCGCCCUGGGCAACAUGGCCGACACCGUAGCCGCCACCAUCCUGGCCUUCCACAGCUUCGGCUACCCGGCCUCCUUCCAGAUAGGGGCGCUGUGGGUCAGCUUCGACGCGGCUGCCCAGCUGCUGGCCAGCUACUACGCCUGCCUGCGGGGGGACGUCUUCCACUGCACCAAGUUCGGCCUGCACUGCACCUUCUGGCUGGUGCUGAGCUGGGAGGAGUUUGUGGGCUCUGUGACCCUGCCGGACAUGGGCCUGGACACGGCGGCGGUGGCGGCGGCUCGUCUGGGCCUGGUGGGAAACUGGUUCUUCCUCCUGGCGUCCCUGCUGCCCUGCCUGCUGUCUCUGAGCCGUGACCGUGCCGAGCUCCUGCACAACCUGGCCUUCACCCUCAUCACCAUCGCCGCCCUGCCCCAGAUCCCCAUCGGGUCCCGCGGGCCCUUCCUGGGCGUGGCCCUGUGCCUCUACGCCGCCCUCAGCCUUGGCCUCUCCUUCAUCAGCCUGGUCAACUCCAUCGCCGAGAAGAUCCUGAUCCCCCGCGGCAACCGCCUCGUCAGCACCGGCAAGAUGCAGGAGGCGCUGUUCGGGCUGAAGCGGUGCCUCACCCCAGAGCUGAUGCCCGUCCCCGUCUCCCCUGCCAGCCCUGCCCAGCUCUCCGCCCGCCUGCCCGACGCCCUCUUCUUCCUCUGCAACGGGCUGGCCGCCUUCGCCACCAUGCACCUGUCCAGCCUCAGCCAGGCCCAGGCGCUCCUGGCCUUGCCCGGGGUGCUGGUGCCCGGCACCCUGAUCCAGCUGUACGUGGCCCGGCUGCAGGUGCGAGGGGGCCGGCGGUUCGGGCCCACGGUGCCCUUCUUUUACGCUGCUGUCUGGGCGACGUGGUCCUGGCUCCGCUUCGCAGAUCCCAUUCGGCGGGCCACUGACCCCUCCCUCCAUGCAUUCACAGCUGGAGCAAUAGCCUUCCUCGUCAUCAACUCCUUCAUCAUCAUCAUUGCUGCAUAUUGCAACGCGGUUCUGCUUACCCUCACCAUCACCAUGGAGGCCAUGCUGGUCACCUUCCUUCUCUUCACCCUCAACAGGCUGGCUCUGCCAGUGGAAGUCGGGUUCUUGGCGUUCUUCGCGUCCGUGUGCCUGUACGGGGCGGUGGCCUCCCUAACCAACCACGUCUUCGAGAAGAACCUGAUCCCCAUGGGACCCAAGAUCUUUAAGAAAAAGAAGCCGAAGGCCGUUAUGGACUCGUCCCCGCCUUGCCCUUGCCCUUCCUCUGAGAAAACGAGCAGCCUGAAGCUGAUAGCCAGUAUCCUGAAGUCGGGGGGCGUGUGUGGCAUCCCCUCUGACACGGUCUACACCCUGGCUGCCUCCUGUGAACACCCGUCCGCCAUCCAGAGAAUCUACAACAUCAAGACCCACUUCGUAAGGAGUUGGAUCACGCCCUGA